GAAAUUUAUCCAGAUUCCGGAUAUCGUAUUCCUCGUGGGUUUGAUGGAUAUGGGCGUUGGAUAAGGCCUUUGGACACUCUCUAUCACUCCCGCUUCUGUACAGAGCAUAAUAAUGGAAGCUCUGGCGCUUCCUUCUCUGAAUUCUCCUUCCAUUUCCUGUUCUAAUUUGCAGAAACGAAGUUUCGCCAACGUUUCCAGAAGACUGCAACACUGCAACUUCUCUGAACAAUCUACCUUCAAAUUCAGGCCCUUCCAUGGUUCUCACCGCCAUCGUUUCAGUGUUAUCAGAAUGCAAACUGAUAGUGAAGAUUAUGACCUGAAGCAAAUGAGGGACAUGGCUGCAGCAAAGAAGAGAUGGGAAUCUCUGGUCCGGGAAGGCAAAGUGAAAGUUCUUAAACCAAGGGAAGCUGGUUAUGCGAUUCAACUCUCUGAUAAGACAUUGCUUGAUGUGCGUCCUUCGACAGAACACAACAAGGCAUGGAUUAAAGGCUCAACUUGGAUUCCUAUCUUUGACGUUGACGACAAACUUGAUCCUGGAACUCUUUCUCGAAAGGUCACAAGCUUCAUGAUGGGGGGUUGGUGGAGUGGUGUACCUACAGUGUCCUACAAUAGCCGGUUCUUGUCAGAAGUUCAAGAGAAGUUUCCAAAAGAUGCAGACCUUAUUCUUGCAUGCCAAAAAGGAUUGAGUAAAAGAACCAAACCAAUGGUAUUAUUACAUACUUUAUUAUCCUGGCCGGGCUUCUUUCAUCUGAACAACAUUUUUGGAAGGUCUUUAGCUGCAUGCGAGCUUCUCUACAAUGCUGGUUACAAAAACAUUUUCUGGGUCCAAGGGGGUCUAGAAACUGCUGAAGAAGAGGAUCUCGUCAGAGAAGGGCCUCAGCCUCUAAAAUUUGCUGGGAUUGGUGGGCUUUCAGAAUUCCUUGGUUGGACCGAUCAACAAAGGGUGGUAGCUGCAAAAGAAGGUUGGGGUUAUCGAUUUGUCUACUCGGCCCGUCUGGUUGCAGUCUUUCUCGCCGCUGAUGCCCUGUUUAUAGGCGCUCAGCAAUUAGGUCGUUAUAUUCAGGAAUUAAGGUCUCACUAAGUUCAGACAUGAGAGAUUAAGGUCUGGAGUUUUGGGUAGAGUAGAGAUUUUUGAGUGAUCAUAAUGUGGUGUGGAAUUAAUGAUAUGAUUUGGAAGAUCUGCUGUAAUAUAGAUUCCGAACCAGAGUUUACCACCCGACCCAAAGUAGUUCAUGAAGAAAGAACGAUAGCAUCAUGUUUUUAUUGUAUGUAAUUUUUUGGCGUUUGUGCUUCAUAAUAUAAUUUGCCUAUGUUUCAUCUCUUUCCAAA